UGAGGCCCUUCAGGCAGUAUAUAAGCUGACAACUCCUCCACAUCUGCAGCUCAUAUCCAGAGAACCCUAACCAUGAAACUGCUGUUGAUCACCGUGAGUGCUGCCCUCCUGCUGGGCUCCUGCAGAGCUGGUGGUCUCUACGCCCGCGGAGUCAUCUCUGGUGGACAUGGAGUUGGUUUAGGCGGCGGCUUAGGAGGAGGCUUUCGAGGAGUAGGCGGAGGCUUCGGAGGCGGCGGCUUCGGAGGCGGCGGCUUCGGAGGCGGCGGCUUUGGAGGUGGCGUUGGACUUGGUCAUGGUGGCAUUGGCGGGGGUUACAAAGGCGUGGGUGGCGGUGCAAUCAUUACGCCAGCCAUCGGUGGCUCGUUAGCCGUACUGUUAGUAAGGGCAUCGGUCAUGGCGGCAUCAAGGGUGGUUUUGGUGGUGGCUCUCUGGGAGGUAUUGGAGUUGGUGUUGGUUUAGGUGGUCACGGUGGCUCCCUGGGAGGUUUUGGUGGCUCUUUCGGUGGUGUUGGUGGCUCCUUCGGUGGCCAUGGUGGACGUGGACUAUACGGUAAGUAUGGAAAGUAAUUAACCACACUACUAAAGGCUGUAAUGAAACUGAUAAUUGAUUUUCUAAUUAGAAAUGCAGUCUUAAUAAAACUUUAAAUUCC